AUGGCCGCCCUGGCCGCCAACGUCUUGGCUGUUCCCGUUCCUCAAAUUGGAGGAGAGGCUCAGGCCUGCCAGGGUUUGGUCAACGGUGUCACAAAUGGUGUUGGCCAAGGAACUGCAGCAGCGCUGAACAAUGUUGCCGGCAACGUCGCUGGCGCCAAGGCUGCCACGAGGAGGUUCAGAUUCUUCCGCCGCCAAGGCUCUGGUCUUGCUGCCGCUUGUUACGAUGUCGUCAAUAAUGUGGACCAGGGUACCGGUUACGCCGCCCAGAAUAUCCAGGCAGGCGCCGUUGGCGACACUGGCGAUGAGUGCACUGGCGACUGCGCCGUCGGCAACGCUCGUCGUCAGGUCGCGGACAUCUCCAACGGGGUCCAAGCUAUCAGCAAUGCCGCAGGCGCGGGACAAGAGACCGCACCCGUCACGGGUGCUGUUUCAAGCGCCGGGAACGAGAUCGAUGCCGCUGAAAAUGCAGCCGGUGCUGUGGUCGGCAAUUACGAAGCAGACAUCCCCGCAGAUACCGGUGCUGCAAUUGGCAACGCCAUCGGCUCAGCUGUGUCUGGCGCCAAAGGCUCGGCCCCAGCCCGCCGCCAGCUCAACAAGAUCGCCGAAGGUACGCAAGAUGUUGGGGAUGCUCUUGGCGUGGGUGACGAGAUUGCGCCCAUUACAACCGCAGAAGAUAACAUUGACGGUGUUGGUACCGGUGACGUGGGUGCUGCCGGAAACCAGGUCGGCGGAGCUGUGCAGGGCGCGCUCACCCAAGCUGGAUCUUCCGUUCCAUGA